AUGCAUUUCCUAUACGAGUACGAGAAUUAUGACCCCUCUUUCCCCGACCAACCCGUGGUUGACCUCUACCUCCCAGUUUGGGCUAGGCUACCAGCCUUCCGGUCCAAACCAGCCUUCAUUUGGGCUGAAGAACCAGAACCAGAACCAGACCCUGACACCUCCACAAGCCUCACCUACCAACAACUUAAUGCAACCGUUGAUCUCAUCUCCUCUGAGUUGCUGGGCCCAUUAGAAAGAGGUGACACAGUCCUGCUUCUGUGCUCUCCAGGACUAGACCUCGUUGAGGUCAUCUUCGCCUGUCAAAGAGCUGGUCUUCUGAGCGUCCCCCUCAUCCCUCCUCACCCUUCUUUCGCUAACGAAAACUAUCACCACCUCAUAAGAGCCAUUUCACAAACCAAGCCCAAAGCUGCCGUAGCCCACUCUCACUACAUAUCAAGCAUUCAACACUACCUCUCUUCUCCUCCCAACAACAACAAACUCUCUCACAUGUUACAAUCCAUCCGCUGGAUUUCCAUCGACCAACUCAAACAUGGUAAAGACAACGCUCCUUCCCUCACAUACAGUGGUUGCAAAGCAGACGACGUUUAUUUGGUUCAGUACACGUCUGGUGCCACUGGCGUCCCCAAACCCGUCCUUGUCACUGCCGGUUCUGCUGCUCACAACGUUAGAACAGCCAGAAAAGCUUACGAUCUUCAUCCAAACUCCACCAUCGUUUCAUGGCUCCCACAGUAUCACGACUGUGGCCUCAUGUUUCUGUUGCUCACCAUCGUAUCAGGAGCCACCUGUGUUCUCACCUCCCCAACCAACUUCAUCAAACGCCCCAGCCUCUGGCUUGAACUCAUCUCCCAAUUCAAAGCCACAUGCACUCCCGUUCCCUCUUUCACUUUGCCUCUUGUCCUCAACCGUGGCCAAGGAACUUCACCCAUCAACCUCUCUACUUUGAACAACCUCAUAAUCAUCAACGAACCCAUCUACAGAGACUCCGUCGAACAAUUCCUUCACGCUUUUUCUCCGCAUGGCUUAAGCCCUUCCUCCAUCUCUCCCUCUUACGGCUUAGCAGAGAAUUGCACCUUCGUGUCCACUGCAUGGAGGAGUGACAACACCGCUAACGCAUAUUCCACCUUCCUAGAUUUUCCAACUCACAACAAACUGCUACCCGUUGCAAGGCUCAGACACGUGGAACAGGAAGACGUGGAAAUCAUGGUUGUCGACGAACAAACAUUGGAGCCAGCCGAGGAUGGCGUCGAAGGAGAAAUCUGGGUUGCUUCACCAAGCAACGCCUCUGGCUACCUUGGCCACCCCAGUUUAACAAGAGAGGUGUUUCAUGGAAGACUAAGAAACACGGUGAGCAGGUGCUUUCUUCGGACUGGGGACAGAGGCAUCGUAAAAGGAGAAAGAAGAUAUCUCUUCGUCACUGGUCGCUGUCAAGACGUCAUAAAACUCCAAAACGGUGAUAAGGUUCACCCGCAUUACGUAGAGACUGCGGCUUAUAACAGUUGCACCAAGUUACUCAGAGGAGGUUGCGUUGCGGCGUUCAAUGUUUCCUCAACGGUGGCUCUUGUGGCGGAGAUGCAGAGGGUGGGAAAAGAUGUGGACAAGGGUUCGUUGAGGAGGGUUUGUGAGGGAAUUAGAGAAGGUGUGUGGAAGAAAGAGAGGGUGGAGGUUGGAUGGGUGGUUUUGGCUAGGAGUGAGAGCGUUCCCAAAACCACUUCUGGGAAGUUGCAAAGAUGGCACGCCAAGGAGAAGCUUCUUGCAGGCCAAAUGAUGAUUCUCAUGGAGAUGCGGUUUGGAAAAGAUGUUACUGUUUUUAAGAGAGCACAAACGGUAAGAGAUGUUACUAGUUCGUUAUGUGCACAAACUCGUACCUCGUUAAUCUCACAUCUAUGA